AUGCGCCGUAGGUACAUACCGAACGAUUCUCAAUUAGAGAUACUACGGUCAACAUUCACUCAGGCAGAUUAUGUUACGAACAAAGUACUCGGUCGAUUGGCAGAUGAAACAGGUUUAACACCGUCGCAGAUAAAGGCAUGGUACGAAUAUCGAAGGCGAUUGCAAAAACGUAGGAGACUCGAGGUACAGUCUAUACUAGGCGAAACUGACCUAGAUCCUCCCAAUCGAAACGAACCCCGAUCAAUGACCGCUUCCAGCGCAGAUAUGAAUAGGUCUUUCGACGUUACUUUUGGAUUUGUUCCAAACGAGGCACAGAUGCAGAUUGCACCUUCUGUCGACGCAAUGAAAUCAUCCGAUGCUAAUGCUGAAUGCACGUUAUGUGCAGUCGCAUCGCAUGAGAAUCUGUCUUUAAACCAACCCACGUUACCGUCCAUUUCAUCAAUGUUUCCGGAAAUUUUCAAUGACCAGUACGAUUACAGUCUCCCACCUAACGUUCAUCCGAUCGUUCUACCUACAUGUCAUUAA